ACCAUGUCGGGAGAGGGGAGGGCGGCCUUCCUGGGUGAGAGAUUGGCUAGAGCCCAGCACCUUGACAUUGACGAGGUGUCAGAGCAGAGUUCUCCCUAUCCUCACAUGAUCCCUUCCCCUCACUGCUUCCAGACCCUCGUGGCCAAGGUCAGGGGCCACUCUCUCAUGGAACACUACUCUCACAUUGCAUUGUGUAAUGGACACAUGGAUUUCUGUACUAUAGCACAGAGUAUUUGAGAUGGGAGUGGGUAAUGAAGAUCAUGUGGUGGUAUAUGAUGGACACAGUGAGGGACUGAUGGCCUCUGCUAGAGUCUGGUGGAUGUUCAGAUUGUUUGGUCACGAGAGAGUGUCGGUGCUGGAUGGGAGUCUGAGGAGAUGGAAAUUUCACUGCAUCUUUCAACCCUCACUUGCUCAGGAAUUAUGAGCAGAUGUUGGAUAACCACACAUCUCGUCACGAACAGGUCACUUCUGUUGGACUGCGAUAAUC